UUUAAGCAACCUUGAGACACCAAAGGAUUGGAUGUCUCGAUUCCCAUUCCCUGAAAUUUUCUGAAAAUAGAAAAUCACUGGAUUUCUUUGCCGGAUAGGUACAUAUCAAGGCUGGGAGGCUACAUGGACGCCUAUGAUAAUCCCACUGAAUUAGUUUCUUUUUCGAGGCUCCUGCAGCUACGAUACUUUUUGUACUAUCUGCAUACUGCAAAUCCCAUUUCCUUUUCUUGAGACAGGCUACCGCAGAUCUCCAAUCAUUCGUCAUUUGGCCAUUGCGUUUGAUAGAAAUCAAAAAUGCUUCAGCACGUUUCCGCGCGGACGGUACAACCGGAGCCGAAUUCUCAGUUUGCCUUCUCUAAUAAAUGCUUUUUUCUCUUCUCUCAAGGCUUCAGUCUGCGAUUUUCCACAAUUUCAACUUUAUUACCAUUAUUUCCACCCCAUUCUUUCCAUCCAAAAAUGGCCCACCCGAAUGUCGAAGAAAGGACUGUAAAGCGAGUCGACGUGGAUCACAAAUUUGAAAUUAAUCUUCCAGCUAACGCUCCUUCGGGGAACCCACACAUAAUCUUAUGGGACGCGGUUAAAAGAGACAAUAUUCCACAUGAUUUGUCCACAGUUGACGUUAUCGUGACUGUAAUCUUUGAACUUAAUCCUUCAGCUCUCGCUUGAUUGCUUGAUACUCAAAUCGAGCAGUUCUAUUGUUAGUGGAAAGAGGACGAUCAAAUUGAGGAUUUGGAGGACACCGACGAUGAUAGUGUAAAAGUGGUCAGUCGAGAUACGUGCGGCCCGAUAGUAUACUGUAAAGG